AUGGGAUUGAAAAUACCAGAAGAAAAUGAAUAUCAUCAACAUGUUAAUACCCAUUUUUCUAAUGAAUAUGAAAUCUCAGAAACUUGUCUUAAUGAAAGUAUAAACAGAGAUUUAUUAGAUUCAGCAAGGUUUGCUAAUAUAAAUAAUUUCUUAUAUGAAAAUCCAAAUUACCAAUUUGUGUAUAACUCGUUGUAUUAUGAUUCAUUUAAUAUUAAUUUAGUUGAAAGUAACAUCGAGUUAAAUGAGAAUUCCAUUUUCAAAAGUAAAUUAAUAAGAGAUCAUUUUGUUAUUGUUAAUAAGCAAUUAUUACUCUAUCCAUGGCAAUUUAAUAAUAAAAGAGAGAUAAGUCUCGUCAAGGAUUCGAUUUGGGAUCUACACGGUGUUUUUGAAUUUUAUAGUAAAAUUAGUUUCAAUUCAAAUUCAAAUUUAAAUUCAAAUAAUGCAGAUUUAAAUAUUGAUUCAAGACAUUCAAGGCCAAUCUAUCGUUGCACUAGUGCUAAUACAACCAAAAAACAUUGGGAAAUUCAAAUCACCUCAUACAUUUUUGAAACCAUUUCCAGUUUGAUUCAGAAUUAUUUGCCAAACGUAGCUGAAUAUAAUGGAUUUUGUACAAGAUUACAUAUUUUAAAGAAUUUUGAUAUCAAAAGAAGUAUAUGGGAUGAAUAUUUACUAGUAAGACAAGUAAAUACAAAUUCUACGUUUUCCUUAAAUGAUUUCAAAGAUGAAUGGAAAGAUUUUUGUCUUGGACAAUCCAAUAAUUUAGAAGCUAAUUCUUUACAAGGUCAUAAAUUGAAAAGAAUUAUGGAUUAUCCAUUUUUUACAAAUUAUACAAAUUUAAACUUUGGUAUCUUUAUUGAUAAAAAUAAUGAUAUUCUUUUAUUUUUAAAUGGAUUUUCCAGAGACCAAAUCUUAGAUUUUAAUAAAUAUUCAACGGAACCAAUUCUAACAUUAAAUACAUCUGAUGAUAAUCAGAUGCUCUUGAUUCAGAAAUUAUUAUUAUUUUUAAAUUGUUCUGUUUUACAAUGUUUUAUUCAAGAAAUUUUAAAAGAAAAUAAUAAAUUUUGA